UAGGGUCAGACAUAGGAGUCUUGCUUUACUGUAUGUUUUAGAUGCGUGGUCUGAUGAUGUCCUGCAGGAAUAUAGUGGUCUCAAAAAGUAGAUAUCAUGGUGAAGGGAUUUAUUUGCACCGGGAUGCAAGUUAAAAAGAGCUAGUUGAAAACGAACUGCGCUGGAUUUGUUUCCAUGCUUUGCAAUGCAAUGGACUACUAAAAAAAAAAAAACUGAAACAAAGUUAAAAUACUGGACACUAGCAAACACUUUGUUGUCACGAAUGGAGGCUUCGUUUUUGUGAGAGGACAGACGCACCACGACUGGUUUUCACACAGUGCAAGUACAUAGUUGGGGAAACCGCGCAAGCUUCUUUGUUUUCUUACAUAGACCGUUUAUUCGCAUACUCCUGUCUGCAAAUGACAUAAAGGUACCGACUCUAUGGGAGCCUGAUCAUUCGCUAUACAGCUUGGACCUUAACAGUCAUUUUUAAAUGAAACCAAAUGCACAAUUGUUGUAACCUGUCGUGUCCAGUGAUGAAAAUGGAACUCCUCCUUUGUCCGAGUUGUCAGUGUCUUUUAAGCGAGUCCGUGACAGUUUCCUGUGGACAUUCUUUCUGUAAAAGGUGCUUAGGAAAGACUUUACCUCCACAAUGCCCAGUAUGCAAAGAAAGAUUAAAACUGUGGGAUGUGAAAAGCGUAAGAAACAAUGUUGUGCUUUUUGCUGUCAUGGAGAAAUGCUGCCCUGAAGAGACAAAACUGCAAAAAAUCAAGUGCAAUUUACGAGAGCGCCUUCAAAACCGUGAAUUUAAACAAGCGCUUCAAAUGGCCAACGAAGGGAUGCAGCUUGCACCUCAUGAUUUCCGACUACGAAGCUCAAGAGCUGAGGCCUACUUGGGACUACAGCAGUUUAAUGAAGCUCUGGAGGAUUUUGAAGCUAUGUGCCAAACAAGACCUUUGUGGACCGAGGGAUUCUUUAGAAAAGGAAAAAUAUUCAUGGAGAUGGGCAGAAACACAGAUGCCUUGCUCCAGUAUCACCGUUGUCUCACACUAGACCCAGAGUUUACAGCUGCCAGGGAAGAGAUACAAAAGAUUUUACAAAGACAUGCUCUGCCCCUCCCUGACACUGUGGAAGGCUUACUCAGCGCUGUGUCUGUAUACACUACACCAAUGAAAAGAGACAACAUACAGCAUUCCAGUGCUAAUAAAGUGGAUUGCCAGCCUGUGUCUUCAUUGCCAGUGAGUGAGGAGACACAGGGUCAGCAGAUGCAAGAGGAAAUGGAGCAGGAAGCUGCCGAUACAAAGGACAAAGCAGGAGGCAGUUCCCAACAGCAAGACUCCCCUCUCAAUGUUCUGAGCAUGUCUGACUUUGAAUGCCCGCUUUGCAUUAGGUUGUUUUUUCAACCAGUCACGACCCCCUGCGGACACACUUUCUGCAAGAACUGUCUGGAACGAAGCCUGGACCACAACCUGCGCUGCCCGCUCUGCAAACAGAAUCUCCACGAGUUCUUAAAAAACAGAAAAUACAAUCACACGUUCCUGCUAGAGGAGAUCAUGUCCAAACUAUUUCCCAUUCAGCUUGAAGAGAGGAAACAAGUACAUGAUUCGGAAAUGGCAGAACUCUCAAAUUUAACGAAAGACAUCCCCAUCUUUGUGUGCACCAUGGCCUACCCUGGCGUGCCAUGCCCGCUCCACGUAUUUGAACCGCGGUACCGCCUGAUGAUGCGCAGGUGUAUGGAGACGGGCACGAAGAAGUUUGGAAUGUGCACCUAUGAGCACGGAAAAGGGUUUGCAGAUUACGGCUGCAUGUUGGAGAUUCUGGGUCUUGACGUGCUUCCUGACGGCAGGUCCUAUGUUGAUUGCAUUGGAAGGAGCCGUUUCCGGGUGUUGAAACGCAGCCAUAGAGACGGCUACCACACCGCGGAUAUAGAAUACCUGGAGGAUCAAAAAGUGGAAGGAGCAGAUUUGGAGGUUCUGAAGUGUUUACAUGACAGCGUGUUCCAGCAGGCUCACGACUGGUUCCACAGACUGACAGGCAGGAUCCAGGGACAGAUCAGCAUGCAGCAUGGCCUGAUGCCUGACACAGAGGAGGACAUACAGGCUUCCCCAGAUGGUCCAGCCUGGUGUUGGUGGCUACUGUCAGUCCUGCAGUUGGACCCUGCCUACCAGACCACAGUCCUGUCCCUGACACUGCUCCAAGACAGACUGGGCCAUCUCCGCAACGUCCUAGAAUUCUUCUCGCAGAACUAAGUCUUCAUUUAAAAUCGAGGAUACAGUUGAGCCAUUUUGCACAUCACUUGCUUCAAGAACACUUGCUUUAAUUUUUUCUAGAAGCCUUUGUUUUUUUUUUAUUAUUAUUAUACUAGUCUAACACAACGGUGACCUUAUCCACACAUACAUCACCAUCCUCAUCACAGCUAGCACUUGGGGAUUGUUAGUUACUUCCCCAGGGUUUAAAAGGGUUUCAGAGCUACCCACAGUGUAUCGCUGAAAUGCUCAGAAGCCAGGAGUCUGAGCAAUCAGGUCCCUGUUAAAUAGAUCAUUCUAUCCUCUGGCUGCAUGAACAACUCUUAAUUGUAAACCUAAAAACUCAAGUGAGAUGUAUGCAUGCAGAGACAAGUGUAACCAUUUCAGAGCAUAGAAACCAGGUUGCUCAAAUUCAUGACACCGGGUCAUUUUAAUAGUAUACCUAAAUAAGGGGAGUUCUGAAAUCCUAAACAAAAUAUGACUUUAGUAGUGCUAUCCAACUACAUGGCUGUAUCUGAAUAAUAGACUAUAUAAGGACUAUAUAGGGAAUUCAGUUAGUCGUCCGUGCUUGUUUAUAUUGACAAUACUGCAGUAAAGCUCAUUAUAUCCCAAUCCUCAGCUCCAGUUCCAGGGGGCUCGGAACAGACUAGAGUAAAUAUUUCAAAUCUACAUUUCUUUCAUGAUUGGUUUCAACUGCUGCUCAUACACAGCUACCUGUAAAUCUGAGAUGGUACUGCUGCUCAUACACAGCUACCUGUAAAUCUGAGAUGGGACUGCUGCUCAUACACAGCUACCUGUAAAUCUGAGAUGUGAAAUAUCAGCUGGGUUUCAGUUCCUUUUCAAGUAGGCCUUACUCAUUCAUAAUAUAUUCUGAAUGUAUUUACUAUUAUAUUCUUCAUCCAGUUUAGUGUGUAGACUGUGAAGCAGUUUGUCCUUGGUUCUGGGUUUCAGAACUACCCACAGGUGCAUUAUUAAAAUAACCAGGUGCCAGGGGAUGAACCUUAAAUUCAAUAAAAAAUGACUAGAAGUCUUUUUCAAUGUUGGAGUUUCUUUUAGAAUUUCUAAAUUCGGCACUACUGAUUUUCCAAACAGUUGUGUAUGCCACGAGUUUCAGACUCCUGUCUGUGCUCUGUGCUGGAUCAAAGAAAUCAAUCCUUCACUGCAGCUGCUUGGAAAACUGACAACAAAUAAUUAUUUAUGGACUCAGGUGAGACAAAUGACUGUAUUAACACUUCUGUGCUGGCUGUGACAUGUUCAGAGCAGUUCAACAGGGGCCUGUUAGCUCAAACUCCUGGCACCUUCUAAUAAUACACUAAAAGAAGGGUAAUUCAGAACCCCAGAUCGGUGCUAUUUACUAAUGCGGGUUUGGGACUGGGAGCUGCUGUAGUGGCUUAGUUCUGAACCAUCGCUCCUUUUUGGGCACUAGUAAUCUUCUAGACUGGAUCCGCUGUUGUUUCCAUGGUUAACAAACUGGACUUGCACAAGAAAAGAUUCGCUAAACGUUCACUCCAAUUCACAUUUUGUACUCAAAAUCAAAAUGAUAAAUUGAGACACUUGGUCCAGCAACAGGCAAAAUGUCAUAUUGAAGAUUAUUUGAAAAACAGUUGAUAGUAACUGAAAAGUUUAGCUGGAAAGUACUGUAUUUCUGGAAAGUACUACUAUUUCUGUAGUAUUGCUUAGUGAAUCUGGUGUUUUUAACACUGGUACACAUGCCCCUACUGUUUUUCUGUCUGUUUACUGUCCCCUCUUUUAAAUGUGAUAAAGCAGUUGUUCUCGACAAUCACCAGCAAAGUAAAGUGAUUGUUUUCUUAGAGGACACUUUGUAAAUAGCCAUUUUGAAAAAAACUAAAAUCCAGAUAAAUCACCUAAAGUACAAUAUUUAGUACUUUUUUUAAUGGGAUGCUAGUGCAAAUCAGAAGGCCGAUGUACUGAUGGGAUAUUUAUUUCAUGCCAUUUCUCAAUUUCUCAGGCAAGGUAUAGAUUGAUUUCUAACCUAUUUAUGAAAAUUAAAUGGGACAUGAUUUAAGACCUUCUAUUCAGAGACAUCAUUUUUCUCAGAAAUUGACAUUUUCCAAAGAUGAUUGAGACUUGUGCUAUAUAAAAAUAUACAUUUUCAUGAAUCUUGUAAUGGACAAAUGCAUUAUCCCAUAAUGUAUGAUAUGACACUGAAGCAAUUCAGGCAUCAACAGGUGCACCCACCCAACUAACUGCUGGUCAUUUUACAGCAUUGCUUAAUCUAAAUUGCUGUGUUUUCUUGCUGAGAUCAUUAGCUGAAUUAAACCAGAUUACACGAGUAAUCAAAAUGGAAGAAAGCCUUUUACUCUUCAUGGAGGAACAUUUACAAAAGAAAAUCUAAUGACAACUCCAAGUCAUUAGUCUUGGAAACCUUUUGCAUGAUGAGCAGAUGUACUCUUUGAAGCUAAACUUGGUUCUUUUUCUGCUGCUGUAGACCAAAGGGCAUAAAAGUUAAGGGAAUUUGAUCACAUUGCUUUGACAAAAAAAACAAAAAAAAACAGCAGGGUCCACUGUCGCACUAUUUAUAUAGCCACUCUAACGCUCCCUGUCGAAUCCCCAUGAAGAUCGGCAACUUCGCACAGUCCCCUGUCUGUAUGACUUGCCUUGCACACCGCGUGGUUGUGUCUUUACCAGAUGAGCCAUCGGGCACCCCAAGUUUUUGAACAUGACUAAAACUUUUCAACAACUUUAGUUAUUGACAAACUGGGCAUUGCCAGCUUUCUGUAUCUAGUACAUGGAACUCCAAACAAGUGUGCUGAUCUUAACAUGGUGAUGGUCAAUUCUGUUUUAAAGUAACUGCCUUAAGUUCAGUUUGACUACACCGUGACUUAUUUUUUAAAAGCCAUAACUGACUGAACUUACAGACAUGUCACUGUUAUUGCUGCCAAUACUGGGUGAAUUGAAAAGUUUACUAUUGUUUUGAAGAACAAAAAAAGUAACCUUAUUUCUUAAGUAGGGUGGUAUUAUAAAUGUACCAUUUAGUAUGUGGUCUUUGACUCCUUAGAAUUUGUUUUUUAUUUGAAUGUUAAUUUAAGUGGUGUUACUCUUGUAUAGGUACACAAGUAAAUAGUUAUGUGAAGCAAAUAUAUAUAUAUAAAUAAGAAACUUAAAACCCAGAAAAUCUUCACACCUUUCUGAUGCAAGACAUUUUUAUAAUUCAGUGCAUAUUGUCAAGUGAAGCCUGCUGAAAAAUGUUACACAACAUAUUGAAUUGCAUACUGCUUUGUAGUUUUCUAUAUACUUAAACACUGACAAAAAUUGAAAAAAAAAAGCUUCACAUCCAAUAAUAAUCAAAGUUUCACUGGUGAAAUGACUGAGGUGUAAUGUUUUCUCUUCAGGGGGUGGUUUCUAAUUUAAAGAUAUUUGUGCUAGUUUGUAGAUCAGUAGUAUGCUUUGUAUCAGGAUAAAUGAGUUCACCAGGCUGACAAACCACGAUCACAUAUGAAACACACCAGCAUGUUGUAGAAAUGGAUAAUGUUACUGGGCAAUCCGAAUUGUGUAUUCAUAUAUUUCUAUGUUGACAAAUUACAUUGAAGCAUUCUAAAAAAAAAAAAAAAAAAAAAAAAGUCAAUUUCUUAAAGAAACUUCAGUUCUCAUCAGUCUUUUUAUUUGUGUUAUUUAAGAUUAUCUGGUGUCUGGCUGGACUGUUUAUUUUUACUUUGUGUUUGCUUAAGAGAUAUAUAUAAUUCCGUAUUGUACCUGUAAACAAUCACUUAUUAUAGCUAAUAAAGUUAUUUCAAAUACA